AACAGUAGUUGAGGUGGGCGCCUACUGUCAUCUUCACCACAGGUCACUCUCCUCAAGACUCCUAGUGUCUGGAGCAGAAUAAUUUACACAGAACCAUUAAAAACAGUGACGUUACUAUGGCACACUUGUACCACUGACUCACCAGUCAGCGUAGAAAUGCACAAGUGUUUAAGGAUAGACAGUUUUUGACUGUGAGUGGACAUCAGGUGAAUGUCAUAAGCAUCCUUCUUUCAGUUGAUAUUUUUCCAGCCAAUGAAGAAUUCUUCUCCCAAAAUCGUUUUUGCAGUGACAGUCUUGAAGGUGUUGUAGCGACGAUUUGGUUCAGAGGGACCAUCUGUGUGCAUCGGAUACACGCAGGGCCAGGAACUGGGUCUCGACUCCCCUCGAAUACAAGCUCGAUGAGUAACAGACACCUGGGUCUCUUUUCCACAGACAUACGGAGUCACUGUCACCCACAGAAGACACAGCAAACAGAGAUCUCAGUGUUUUCCUCUAAGAAUACUGUCAGGUGUCAGCAGCGUCAAUGAAGCGUCAAUAUAGCAACUUGACUUGCGGUUGAUGUGCUGCUUCACACAUGUAAGACCAUAACAAGAUUACCUGCGGUUGAAGUAUACCAGCAACACUGUUUUGACCUCCAGUACACCCUGGUCAUCCUUGUAACCUUCAACACGCACACUACCGUCACUUACCGUCACCCCCACCACCAUGACCAGACACGACCCUCCUGCAGGAAUCAUGGACUACAACAGUGUUCACGACCACAAGAACCAGUCACAUACAUACCCUUCACAGAGUUGUGGGGUGCGAGACAGCAAUGAGAAGACCCCCAUACUACACACUGGGGAUAAAACCCCCCUGUCGUAUGGUAGCAACGGUGAUGUGAACCACUACGACUAUCACACCCUGCCCUACCACACUGCCUCUACCACAAUUACCACAACUACCACAGCUACCAGAUUCUGGAUCCUCACCGUCUUUUCUGUCCUGUCUUGGGUGCAGGGGGUACAGUGGAACACAUGGGGCCCCAUCAGUGAGAGUAUGGGGGCGGCGUUCCCUGGAUGGGGGUCAUCAACAGUGGCCAUGAUGGCCAACUGGGGAACCAUAAUGUUUGUGGUGUUCGUGUUUCCCAUGUGCUGGGCCACUCAACGCUAUGGCCUGCGCAAGGUGGUGUUAGCUAGCACUGCGCUCAUCUUCCUUGGAACAGCCAUACGCUGUGUCACUACAGCCGGUCCAGUCUUCACUAUAAUGUGUCAUCUGUGUGCGAUUCUAGUGGGAGUGGCGAGCACUGUGGUCCUGGCUGCUCCUAUUGUCAUUGCUUCAGACUGGUUCCCACCGCACGAGAGGACCACGGCUCUAGCUGUGAUGAUGGGUACCAACCAGCUGAGUGGUGUGGGCAGCUACCUGGAACCCUUGUUGGUACGAGAACCAGGACCAGAUGUCACUGUCUAUGAGAUACAGUCUGAUGUUAUGAUGCUGAUGUAUAUAGGAGCUGGUAUUUCUGUAGUGUUGCUGCUGGCAGUGUUGGUGUACUUCCCCUCCAAACCUGCUAUACCACCCUCCCUCACCUCCUCCACGGGAAGACUGGCCUUCCAACCAGCCUUCCACACCCUCAUCAAGUAUUAUUUUACUGGUCUUCACCAAGGGCAGGUGUAUGUGUCCGUGGUGGGGGGCACAGCCUUCAACUACGCCACCUACCCACUACUGUACGAGGUAGGUGUGGACCUGGCCUACCCAGCCCCUGAGAUCCUGGUGUCUGGGGCCCUCACAGCCGCUGAGAACCUAAUGUCUACACUCUUCCUUCUGGUCUUCUUCCUCCCAGACGCUGGUUACUUAUGGAUGACUUACGUUCUGGUAUUAUCAACGUCUGUCACCAUACUGCCGCUGCUUCUUAUUAAGUUCAGUUACGUCAGAGCUUCUAUUGACGCACCUUACCACUGAAACUCUGCCGGCGUCUCGGAAGACGUCACAAGAGGCUUCUCGGAAGAUGUCACAGGAGGCGUCUCGGAAGACGUC